GAGGGAGAGAGAGAGGGAGAGUUUGGAGAGCAGCCGGGGACUGCCCAUGGUGGAUGGGCGGAGCAGUAAGCAUGCGCUGAGCUGGCAGACUCUGGGCUGGUCCUGACGGGCUGGCUGGGCUCCGGGCGGCUGUCUGUGCGCUUCAGACGGUCUUGGGGGAGACUACCACCAACACUCAGCGUCUCCUCGAGUGCUUAGAGAUUAUUAAAAAAAAAGAAAACACAGAAAGCAGAAGAGACACGAGGAUAACUGCGAGAAAAGAAAAGCAAACAGCCCCACCUCGGCAUCUGGAAAAGCACCGAAGAAGAAGGAGACGAUCCUCCCCCUCUACCCCACACCCCGCCGCCAACCCGCCCUAUCUACCCUACCCACCACUCCGUGCCAUCCCUCUGCUCUCAACUGCCCUCCCACCCCGUCAGGAGAAGCACGACCACCCAUAGGAAACCCCCACUUGACCAGCGUUGCCAUUAAGCGAUGCGCUUUGAAUUUAGGAAGAAAUCCCCUUUGCGUUUUUGAUGCACAACACAACCAGUGGUCUUCAUUUUUUUUUCCUCAGCGGGAACAGUUACGGAUUUGGGUGUUUACACUUUUUGACGGGUUUCCAGUGGCAUGAUAACAUGCAGAAUAUAUCAUCCCACGGCAACAGACAAGGCUGUCAUUCUAUAGAUUAGUCUUUAUUUAAACAACCAGCUGUCACAUACGCUGCGUUUGAGCUCAUGUUUGAUUUUUCCCAUGCUUAGAAAGAAUCCUGACAAUGGUCUGGGAACGGACUGCCUCUACAGACCCCUAGAAAUAUUUUUUCAACACGUACCAGCUCUAUAUUUCGUUUUGAUCGAAGAAAGAGCGACAAAUUGACGAGGAGUCAUUUGACACCGACGCCGCUUGAGCCAUAGGACUUUGCGUGCGAAGUUUGCACCGGGAAGAGGGGGGCCAAGUCGGAGAUAUCUCGGCCAUAUCCACGGCAAUUUCCCUGUAAGGUGGGAGGUCAGCGGGUUGUGGAGAUGCUGUCCCUGGACGAGCCCCUGGACCUGAAGCUCCCUCGGCGGGCCAACGGGCGGGACAGAGGGGCGCGCUCCCCCCCUCUCUCCCCACUGCACCCCAAGCGAGCUCGACAGCUGCGCAUGGCAGACGAUGGCACUGCAGUCAUAGAGCCGGCCUCGCCAGCAUCUCCGCACACAGGUGUGCAGGUGGUCCCCCAUGAUCGGACAAACACCCCCACCCCCCCUGCGGUGGACCUGAGCAUGUCUCCCUCCUCCCGCCACACCCCCACCUCUCCAGAAAUGACCAACGGCAACUACAUCCCCUCAGGGAAUUCUCACAUCUCCCAGGCCUUUCAGUUCUUCGUGCCAAUCGGAGCAGGGGCGGGACUUCACCUGCCAUCCUCCAUGUUUAUUGGCCAGACGAGCGACAAGAGAGCCUCUCCUGACCUCUCAGCGGACGAACAACUGGCCUGCCGCUGGAAGAAGUGCCAUCUGCUCUUUGACUCCCUGCAAGACCUGGUGGACCACGUUAACGACUUCCAUGUCAAGCCUGAGAAGGAUUCUGGGUACUGCUGCCACUGGGAGGGCUGUGCUCGCAAAGGGAGGGGUUUCAAUGCCAGGUACAAGAUGCUCAUCCACAUCCGCACUCACACUAACGAGAAGCCCCAUCGCUGUCCCACCUGCAACAAGAGCUUCUCACGCCUGGAGAACCUCAAGAUACACAACCGCUCACACACAGGUGAGAAGCCGUACAUUUGUCCUUACGAGGGUUGCAACAAGCGCUACUCCAACUCCAGCGACCGCUUCAAGCACACGCGCACACACUACGUGGACAAGCCCUACUACUGUAAGAUGGUGGGCUGCCUGAAGCGCUACACAGACCCCAGCUCUCUCCGCAAGCACAUCAAGGCCCAUGGCCACUUUGUGGCCCAGGAGCAGGGCUCCCCGGGCGGGGUGGGCUCCCUGCUGAGGGGGAGUCAGAGUGGAGUGCUUGUGGGCGAAGGGGGGAAGGACUCAGACCUGUCCUACGUGAGUGCAGCACACAUUAUCAUCCCCGGGGCAGCGGCUGCUCUCCUGGGAGGCCACGCCCUGCAGGGUCUGGGUGGCGCCCUACCCCUGUCCCCCCUCAGUCCUCGGCCCCUGGACCUCAGCACACUCGGUUGCCCCAGCUCCCCUCCAGGCAACCUGGGAGGCACUCCCAUCCUGUCCUUCAGCGGCUCCCCCCUGGGCCUGGCCAAGUCUCCUCUGCUCUCCCCGGCGUUCCCCUCCUCGGCGCUGAGCCUGCCCAUGAUGCCCAUGCUGGGGGCCUCGUCCGAGCGCAGGGCCCAGAGCCAACACGCCAAGAAGGGCCGGGGGGAGGAGGGCGAGAACAAGGUGACUGGGGGGGUCCUGAACCUCUCCACAGGAUCCCAUGAUCCCCUGUCCUGGGUGGUCAUCCCCCCAGGCACCGUGGUGCUCAAGCCAGCUGUGGUCAACUGAUACACACACACACACACACACACACACACACACACACACAGACACACACACACAGACAUAUACACACACAUUCCAGAAGAGCUCAGGGGGUCGGGAUGGGGGGGUGAACGCCAUAGUGAGGGUGCUCAGAGGUGAUAGGGAUUGGCUCGCACAAUCAAAUCCACGCAAUGCAUUUCAGAGAGGUUGUAAGAGGAGAAAACUAUAGAAACUUAUCAAACUCUCAAACAGCAAAUCAAUAGAUAACACUACACCUCACAAAAAAUAAGUAUACAAUGCAAGCCUCUUGUAUUGAUGGGAAACUAAACCUGGGGCCCAGGAACAUGUAUGGUUCUGUGUUUCUAUCAGCCCGACAGUGGGCUCCUCUUUGCUCUCUUCAUUUUGAAUUUUAUACUUUAUUCAUUCCUGAACGUGACAGUCUUAGUGCUCUGUGUUCUUAUAAAACGUCCUGAUUCAUUGAUGAGUAUUUAUAUGACUGUACUUCAUUGACAGUGUGCCUCCAGCUUAGCAGUGAGAUAGACCAACACCACAAAACCCAACGACGCACUCACCGUUAGGCAAACGUGCACGCAAUAUUAUACGAUUCUCUACAGUCGAUGCUAAAGUUAUGACCUAUUUUUCACAGGCUGCUGCUGUGAUUAAUAUGACUCAGACAGGCUUGCCAAACCAAAGCAAGUGAACUCAAACUGUCUUGGAUUUUUUACAGUUUUCAGCUCUGAGACAGUUCAAUUAAACACAGCACUUAAUAGUGUAAACUGGUUAUUAUAGUAUUGAGACCUCAAAACUGCUGCUAACCUCUCGGCUCCCCCAGUGUAACACAAACUGGGAGAGAGCACUUUUGACAAUCUGUCCCCAGUUCGGGGAGGGUGACCAACAUGGACCAGCCUAGUCCACCAGAAUGUGUGCCAGGUGUGCAGACUAGGGGCUUUUAGGGCACAGAGCGAACUAAACACAGACAAAUGGUGUUGCAUCACCUGACAAUGACCAAUCAUUACUUCCUCUUUUACACAAGUGAAAUUAACGGCAGCGGUGCGUCUGGCUCCCUCCUCUGGCAGGACACGAUGCACAUCAUCCUGCUUUCCAGUUACAGAACCUGCACUGUUUUUACUUCUGGAUUGUCCAGCUGCUUUCCCGUAAUUGAAUCAACACGGCCAGUUUGUGUAUGAAAGGGCCACUGUGGCGAUAAACACUAGUGUCUUGUUUUUUUAAAAAGUGACCCGACCCAAAACCAGCUGUGAAAAACAGGUGGUCGUCCAGUCGAAGCCCGACUUAGCCUCGUCGGCUAGAGUUUUGUCCCUAGUUCAACAAGUCCCAUGCUGUGCCAAAAAUACCUGGAGACGGGAAAGGGGGAUGUAUGUAUUGUGCCGCAGAGGGGGGUGUGACGCACUCAAUGCCACAUACAGCUGGACUGACUAGGAAGCCACACUUUUGCAAACUGCCUCAUUUUACUCUGUCCAAAGGGGCAAAAAAAAAAAAGACAAAAAAAGACUCGUAUGACGUCUGGGAAAACCUUUCUCAUGGUUCUAUUAAGCAGUCAACACGCACUUACCACACACUAUAUUCCUUACAUGUUUUAUAAAAUGUUACUGCCAAGUCAUGGUUUGCUCUUAUUACAUUUUUCUGCAAGGGUGAGUUUUACUGUGGGGUCUUUCCAGGCUUGUUUCCAGUGAUAAUGCAUGUAUGAUGUUGACUGACUGAGGCAGAGGAGCAGGAGAGGAUCAUCACAACACAAGGAACAUUCCCUCAAGAGACUGUCUCACCACCCUCCUCUCUCCUUUCACUCCUCCAUCUCUGCUUACGUUGCUGGUCUUACUUUUCCAUCGCCCAGUCUUAGAAAUAAUCAGUUAUUGCUGUUUUUUUUUUGGUGUCAUUUUUUUGUUUUUCUGCUGUUGUUCAGACGAGACAUUGUUUUCUGAUGUUGAAGUUGCUUCUUGUGUUCUGUGACGGCUGCUCUGCUCAGCUUUCUGCCGUCGAGGAGGAGUCUUUAAGGGGUUGAGGAGAGGGCCAGGAGGAGGUUUGGAGGGGUCCUUUAGGGGCAGUGGUUCCCAAUCCAGGGGUUUGGGGGGAAAAAAUCCAAAUGGUUCCAUAACAAUUAUAUAUAUAGAAGACAGAGAUUAAGGUUUCUUGAAUGUUCUCUGGUCUGAUGUUGAUUUAGCCUCUGGGGAUGAGGGAUAUUUCUGGGGUUCUGUAGCCAGAAGAUAUGGAAAACGGCCAAGACUUCCUCUUCUGUGCGCUUUUUACAGUCUGAUUUGCAACUUGAGAUGCAAGAAUGAAGUCAGAGCUGAGAGAUGACCAACAAGAUCUAAAAUCUAAUUCUUCAUUAGACAAUACCCAAUGGGUUCCAUGACUUCAUUUCAGCCAACAUUUUCCACUUUUUUUGAUCUCCAGACAGACUUUUUACUGCAGUAAACUGAAGCCCGCUCUAAUAUGAUCUGAUUGAUCAAUAUUACUCAGACUACAAAUAGAAACCAGAACUAAUAUUCUAAUAAUACCAAUAUUUUUCUAAUACCAAAAUCUCUCCAGAUCCCGUUGCCUUCAGAUUCUUCAUAAAGAAAGAAAGAAAGAAAAAUUUUGCUAUUUAGCUUCACUUUUAAUGCGGCUGAUAGUCGCUCCACCACUUAGGUCCAGACUGAAUUAUCUCAACGACUACUGGAUGGAUUACCAUGCAGUUUUACAUGUUACAAUGCCCAAGACACAGCCGUACCCAAGUACAGCCUUAGUGCUUCAAGCCUAGCUGUAAACUCUUGUUUCCUGUAACAUCCUGAAUAUGGUUACCUGUUCUGGGUACAUGAAGCAAUGUCUGGAAAAUAGAAAUCACCCUUUGGUUAAAUGGCUCACAACAACACUGCAAAUUGCUUGUUUCUUACCAAGAAAAAAAAAAAAAAAAACGAUUUAGAAGUGUUUGAUAAUUUAUCUUGUUUUAAGAGUUAAUUUCUUAUUUUAAGUGUUCAACAUGCUUAUUUCUAGAUUCAACAAUCUUAAUUCAAGAAAUCUUGUCAAGUGAAUUUAGCAUUUCCCUCAGAUUUAGUGUUUUUAUCUUGUUUUUAGACACCCUUUUUUUUGCAGUGAACAUGUCCAAACUGAGGCCAUAAACAGCUAGGUUAGGGGCCAUACGUUGAGAUGAGCAGCUAGGGGCCAUACGUUGAGAUGAUGUUUGAUUUAAGGGGGUCACAAGCCAAAAAGAUUGGAAACCACUGCUCUAAGGGGGAAAUAUGAAAAAAAAAAACAUAUCUAGUGGACCAAAUGAUCACAUUCCUCUAUGACAAUCACAAUGGUGUACUGAGGAUCAUUUAGAGAGGGUGUGGGCAUAAAACCCAUGUUGGAUAGUAUAAUAUCAAAAGUAUAGUAUAGACUAUAAUAGCAAAAUUACUUUCAGUGUAAAAUUAGAUAUGCAAACUCUGCCUCCUUUGUUCUGACUUUUAAUUUCCACCGUCAGAUAAAGAGAGAAAUAACAUCCGACUGUGAGAUGGCGGGCAGUGCUGGGGAAAGCGUGCGAGCAAAGAGAGACAGGAUUGGCUGAAUGAAUAAAUGAAUGGACAAGGGGAAGGGAGAGAUGAGGGGAGAGGCUGUGUGCCAGCAGGGGAAAAGAGGCAGAGGAUAGCUGUGCUGUGCAGCCGCCCUCCAUCUGGCCACCUAAACAGCAAACGGCCCUCUCAGCUCUGAAGUCACUGGCUGUGCUGUGCCCGAUGUGGCAGCGACUCACAGGCAUACCAGCCUGCAGAAACUAGGCCACUGAACUCUGUCUGCCCUGUGUUUUUUCUUUUUUUUUUUUUUUAUAGAUUAAACCCAAAAGGCUCAACUCCCCCACCUUCCGGCCACAAAGCAUUUUAGCAGAGACGAGGAAAACAAGCAGACUAACAAGUCACAUUUAAAGUAAAUAAAACAAAUAUAACCCUCCCUGUCUGCGGGCAGGGAUGAACAGCAUACCUGUGUUUCUGCUUCAGUAAAUCUCAGUCAUCAUUAUCUCAGACACCACCCCCCCCCCUCCUUCUCCACACACAGUGGUGCGUCUCCGGGUUCAGGCUGGGCACUGAAAUGAAUCUUGCGUCGUGAGUGGACAAUCCUGGCAUGUGAUGUCAUCAGAAACAGGUGUUAAGUAGGCUAGACAUGGUUUCCGUGGCAACAGUGAGACCCAGAGCCGUGGCGGCUCUCCUCCUCCCCGUCGGUCUGUCUCUCCUCUGCAGGUCGAAGCCAGGGACAGAGACUCAGCGCGGCGGCAGAACGCUGAAUAAUACGACACGGAUCCUCCCAGGGUCCACAUCUUUUCAAUAUCAAAUAAGCUGUAUGAUGAUCCAUUAACCCUUUGAGCUCAGUCUGUAAUUAACUGCACUUUUGUUCCCCUCAUAGCGUGUGUAGAUACGGGGAUGCUGCAACAUCCUUUCUCAGUGUACAGCAUUUUUCACCAGUUGUUUUGGGAACCAAGAAUAAUUGUAAAAAUCAUCCUCAGUCGCUAAAAUGUCUGAAUUUGAUGUCUUUUUUUUUUUUUUUUUUGUGGACAGUAUAAAAGCGGUACUUGCUCCUGGAGAUUUUAAAGUAACCCUCACUUACUGCUCUGAAAAGUGGAACUGAAAUCCAGGGCACAGAAUUUGUGUUAGCUAGCUAGGUCAGUGUCAUUGUAAAGGGGUGCCAUUGACUGAAGUGCCACAGUGUUGCACAAAGGGUUAAUGAUAAGACUAAGGCCAUGCAAGGCCUGUUCCAAGUUAUGUUUUUUGCACAUUUGUGAGAUAUUAUGUCAGUAUUUUAAUUUUUCCAAGUGCCUUUUUAUUAUAGGUAAAAAAAAAUAUAGAAGUUAUACAGUAUAUGAAAAAAAAUGAUUAUAUGAAAAUAUAUUUUUUUCCUGGCGUCAUGUUCUGUGGUUGAACAUGCAGAAUUUUAGAGUUGUAAAAGUCUCCAAUUGGUACAACAUAGCGGUGUUCUCCUGUUUUAGAGGAAUUUUAUUACGAUAUUGAUAAUAAUGUCAAUGAAAAGAAAAAUGUUUAAUAAAGUUGUAUUUGAUACAC